UUUCGGUUGAGCAUUCUUGGCAGCGUCUAGCUCGGAGAACAGGCUGCGGACUGACGUUGAACCGACGGCCGUUUCCUCUUUAUGCCUGGAGUUAUUAUUAACGGACUAACAGAAGGACCUGUGCGGGUUUUAGACUAAAGUACGGAUCUUCAUCUGCUCGCUCAGUCACUCCGGGCUUUACCUCACUGGCUUUAUCUGCACAGCUGAAGGCAGGAAAGAAAACUGAAUAAACCAAAAGCGAGGAUCUAUACUGAUCCCAUUAUGCACCACUGAAAAUCUCCCCGUGGAAAGCAAUGUUUCUGGGGACAAGAGGCCCCAACACCAUUAGCAGAGUGUGUGUGGGGCCCCUCUCUAGCACCCCUCCUGAGAUGGGAUGCCAGAAGCCAGCCCACCGGCCCUGAGCUCUCCCAGGGCGUCAUGAACACCUACAGAGACAGAGGGGUAACCUGCAACUCUUCAGACCUUCUAGAUGGAGGCGGAGGGUUACCCCAGAACACUCUACUUCGUCACACCCCUAAUGGCCACCCAGUACUCUGCCCCACCGAACCGACGAUCCAACCUCGCAUCUCUGUUCCCAAAAUGGGUGUUCGUGCACGAAUUGCGGAAUGGCCUCCUCGUUGGGCGCAGUCUCGGGAGUCGCUACUUGAAAACGGGCAGAAUGGCAUCCACCACUACGAUGACUGCUCCAUCACAUCCUCGGUGCUGUCAUCCGAUGCUCGGCUGGUGCGAGGAGGGGUCGCCAGGCUGCCCCGCAGGUGGUCGAAGGAGGUGGAGUUCAGAGGCGGAGGCUUCAUCGGUGAAAGAGUUUCACCUCUCAGUCUGAGAGUCUUCCCACCACUGAGACAGCGCUCCAACAGCGAAGUGACACUUAGCGAACAGGAUGAAAAUGAGGUGGAGACUCGAGGAGGCGGUGUGUUUGGAAACCGGUUCAGAGAGUAUGGCAGCACCUCUUCCAUCGAUAUUCAGGGCAUUCCUGAGCAAGGGUUCUUUGAAAUGCUCAGUCAGUUCCAUCAGGAGAGGCCAGACCAGCGCAGUUUAGCUCCUGCACAGCUUGGACAGCUGCUACGGGCUGAAGACCCGUCAUCAAAAGCCCAUUUCCCUGCUGCCCCCUCACCUGGCCCCACAGGUGGGGAGGAAACAGGAACAGGGAAGAAGGAAGGUACUGAGAGAGUAAGAAAGAAAAGUGGAGGGACAGAAUCAUCGCUGGGAACUUCAUCUUUGUUCCGGAAGCUUCGGAGCUCUAGUAGAGGGGAGCUGGAUGGAGGAAAGGGAGAGGCCAAUGAGGAAAGGGGAGGGAGAGGCUCAACGGAUGCCUCCUACAAACCCUGGGUUUGUCCUAAGAGCUUUGUUCACUUUGAUGCUCAGAGCAUCCUGUUUGACCUCCAUGAGGCAGCAGCUCAGCGUGGCUUUUCUACACAGAGGAGAAACACUGCCACAGGGGCAUCUGCCGCUUCAUCGCUGCCCGGCUCACGGUCAUCAGCUCCUAGCCUAAACGACCCCAUUUACUCCAGUAUCGAGGAUCUGACCCUUGGCGUCAGUCAGAGCUCUGCAGCCCCUUCCCUAGCCAUGGAUCCUCUGGAUGGGCCAGCUGCUCACAGUUCAAGCCCACUGCUCCUCUCCUGUCCCCACUUCCUCAAUGAGAUAGGAGGGCACAAGGAGAGGAACGUGAGCUUCCUUAGCUCCUCGGCAGAGCGAGGUGAUGGAGACGAGGGAAGAGGGUGGUUGAAGAAGAGUAAUGCCAGCAUGUCUGUGCUGGAAAUCCCAAGUGAAGAACAGGCAAUGAGGCUGGAGAGACUGAAACUGUACGGCAUAGAGCAUGUAGACUUGGGGGCUCGCUACUACAGAGACUACUUCCAUGGGAAAGAGCACUCAAACUACUUUGGAACGGAUGAUAAGCUGGGUCCUGUUGCCGUGAGCAUUCGCAGGGAGAAAUUUGAGGACACCAAAGACGUGAAAGACCAGUACCAGUACCGCAUCAUCGUCAGGACCAGUGAGCUUGUGACCCUGCGAGGCUCAAUCUUGGAAGACGCUGUGGCAUCUACAGGAAAGCACGGCACUGUUCGAGGUCUUCCCCUCAAAGAGGUCCUGGAACAGGUCGUACCUGAGCUCAAUGUGUCCUGUCUGAGGCUGGCGCUCAGCACAGCCAAAGUUACAGAACAGCUCCUUAAACUGGAUGAACAAGGGCUGAGUCAGAAGCACAAGGUGGGUGUUCUUCUGUGUCGUGCGGGCCAAAGCACAGAGGAGGAGAUGUACAACAAUGAAGAGGCGUCGCCUGCCUUCUCUGCCUUCCUGGAUCUGUUGGGGGAGCAGGUGCUCCUCAAAGGGUUCUCAAAAUACGCUGCACAGCUCGACACCAAGACCGACUCAACAGGCACCCACUCCCUUUACACCACCUACCAGGGCUAUGAGGUGAUGUUCCACGUGUCCACCAUGCUGCCGUACAUGCCCAACAACCCUCAGCAGCUCCUGAGGAAGAGACACAUAGGUAAUGACAUCGUCACCAUAAUCUUCCAAGAGCCCGGGGCGCUGCCUUUCACCCCUCAGAACAUCAGGUCCCAUUUCCAGCAUGUCUUUGUUAUUGUUCGGGUCCACAACCCCUGCUCAGAGAGCACCUACUACAGUGUUGCUGUAACACGGAUGGAGGAUGUUCCCCCUUUUGGACCACCCAUCCCCAGCGGAGUCAGCUUUCGUGACCCCGAGAACUUUCGUAACUUCCUCUUAGCCAAAAUUAUCAAUGCUGAAAACGCUGCACACAAGUCGGAUAAGUUCCACACAAUGGCGACACGAACGCGGCAGGAGUACCUUCGGGACCUGGCAGAGAACUACGUCAGCAGCACGCCCCUGGACACAACUGGAAAACUGAACAAUCUCAUCUCCCUUGCAUCAAAGAAACGCGAGCGCACGAAAGCAAGAGAAGGCGCAGAGCUGGAAGCAGCCGGGGCCGUCGCCUGGAGAGUCCUGGCCCAGGACUUCAGCGGAGGAGCUGCAGAGCUUCCCUGUGCUCUGGGUAUAUCGUCCGAAUACGUGGUCCUCGUUGACUGCUCCACCAAAGAGCUGGUGUUUAACUGUUUCUGCAUGGAUGUGAUUGGCUGGACUCCAGAGAGGCUGGCGCUAAAGAUCUUCUAUGGAAGAGGGGAGCACAUAGCUGUGAGAGUACCAGAAGGAUCUACGCAGGACGUCAGGGAGAUGGUGCAGAGGUUAAAGUCGUUGACAGUAGGAUGUGAGACUGUGGAUAUGACGCUGAGAAGAAACGGGCUGGGACAGCUGGGCUUUCAUGUUCGCCUGGACGGUACCGUGGCUGAGGUGGAGGAGUACGGGUUCGCCUGGCAGGCGGGACUGAGGCAGGGCAGUCGACUGGUGGAGAUCUGCAAGGUUGCCGCCGUGACGCUCACUCACGAGCAGAUGAUUGACCUGCUGAGGACAUCGGUCACUGUCAAAGUGGUCAUCAUUCCUCCAUAUGAAGAAGGCAAACCUCGCAGAGGGUGCACAGAGGAGUACGAGAUGAAGACCAUGGAGCAGAAACCUGACCCCGAGCCCCUGGCAGCCGGGUACAGAGCUCCUCGCCAAACCUGCCGAUGGGAGAGCUCACCUAUUCCUCGUGGGCUCCUCAGCACUCCCAACCCACAGCGCUGGUUGGGCCCCCCGCCUGCUCAACUGCCCCGCUCACACAAGCCCAUGAUGCCAGUUCCUUGCAGAGAGCCACAGCACCUCAGCUCCAAGAGGCCUGUGAGCUACCCAGAGAACCACUACAUCCUGUCUCCUGCAGGGGGCAACAGAGUCCCGCCCUACAGAAACCCCUCAGCCAGCUUCUCCUCUCCCUCCCCUGGUCUGGGUUCCCUCUCUGUCUUGAGCUCACCUGGAAUCACUCCAGGCUCCUUUGUGUGCUACAAGCCUUCCCCCGACAGGUUUGGAUCAGUGCAGCGCCCCCUGCUGCCCUAUGAACCCCACUACGGCCUAGACAUCACUUCUAGUGGAGAGUCUUCUUCAGGCUUCACUAGCCAGGAGAGUACGAUGGAGCGAUGCAAAACAGAGCCCCUCUGGCAUGUCCCAGCAUCAUCGUCCCGAGGACCAGGUGGCGGAGGGGGGCAGAGGAGAAUAACCAGGCAUGAUGUCCCGGCCAAAGACUCUCCAAACAGACACUCAAAGGGUGAGGCUCAGUACUCCAGCCACUCCAGCAGCAAUACGCUGUCCAGUAACGCAUCCAGCAGUCACAGCGAUGAACGAUGGUUUGAUGGCGGACCUGGAUCAGAGCGGGUAGGCGGAGGAACUCUCUGCGACCCGACCGACCCUGACCUCGACCUUCUCAACAAAGGGGGCUCCAGUGACAGCGGCAUCGAAGCCUCCACUCUCUACAACAACAGCCACCGUGGUAACAAGAUGAGAGAGCAGUCGCAUAAAUCCCUGCAUCCCUCCGCCACCUACAGCGGCUUUCCAGAGCUGCAAGUAGGACGGAGCAGCAACGGGGGGGAGUCAAAGAGACCAGCCGCUGCCCAGCAGAACAAAGGGUACCCAGCAAAGACCUUCCCGCCUCCUGGCUCCAGUGCUGAGAAAACGGACGCCUUCAAACCCAGGGCUUUCACACCACAGGGCUACAAGAUGCCAACAGCAGAGAAAGCUCGCCCCGUUAGAGCCUCUACGACGACGCCCACCUCGGCUCAGAUGGGCUCCACUCCUUUAUCCAGCUCAGCGCCCAAGACCUUCUACGGGAAGAGCAAAGAAGAGACCAGAAGAAGAGCAGAAGAGACCAACGUGUCAUCUUCAAAAUCCACCAAAGCUUCCAGCUCCGAGAACAAGAAGCAGGAGGAUACAAAUUCAAAGAAUGUGUUUGGGCAGCCUCGGCUCCGAGCAUCGCUGAGAGACCUCCGAUCUCCACGUCGGACGUACAAGAGCACCAUCGAAGACGACCUGAAGAAACUGAUCAUCAUGGACAACCCUGGCGAGAUACCACCAUCUGACCCGCCUCCCAGACACACUCUGCAGCGCACGUUUUCAGACGAGUCGCUAUGCAGCGGGCGCAGAGAUGCUUCCUUCGCCUCCUCUGAGAACCAGAGCACCCCCAGCGACGUGCUGUUCACCUGCACGCUGCCCACACGCAAACACUCCAGCUCCUCCAACAACUCCAACCACUCGCAAAAUAAAAAGAUGCCGCUGUCUGCAUCAGAGUUAUCCCUGACUGAGUUGAAAGACAGAGUUCCUCCUCUGAGGAGGCUGGACCCCGGCCUAAUGCCGCUCCCUGACACAGCCAGUGGACUGGAGUGGUCCAGCCUGGUCAACGCUGCUAAAGCCUUUGAAGCUCAAAAAGCGGUUUCCCUCCUUUCACUGACCGAGCCACAGCUCGUAGUUCCAGAAAUGAGACCGGCUUCCAGUCCAGUUCAGUUUAACACUCCGCAGACGCCGCGGACCACGCCGACAUUCAGUGGAGAUGAGGUGCCCAAUGACGUGUCGGGUCGGCUGUAUCAACUAGAAGUGAUGCUGAAGCAGCUGAACAACGAUCUAGAGAAGGAGAAGCAGGACAAAGUCGUCCUGCUGGCAGAGAUGGCAAACCUGAGAGAAAACAACCAGCGGCUGCAGGAGGAGAGUCAAACAGCCAGCGAGCAGCUGCGCAAGUUCAACAUGCUUUUCACCAACCUCCACCCUGGAGGCGACCAUGAGCCUGUGAUGCAGGACGCCAGCUCCCAGAGGGAGUGACGGACCCAGCUAUGAGACAUAUUGAACUAGCCUGUGGGCUGCCUUAGACCACCUGGACCUGGAUCAUGCAGCUCUCCCUGCAUGUCCUCUGAGCCUGUUUAUUUUUCUAAACUAAAGUGAAAACAUCUCAUUGGACUCUUGAUGCUACUAUGCCAGAGGAG